AUGAUCGCCGUCUGUUUGUUCUCCGUCAUCGAACUCAAAAGUUUCCGUAGCGUCUGCCGUUCUUGGCGCUCCUCCGCUUUCGACAAUCCUUUCCGGAGCCGACCUCUCAUCGAGCUCAAACUCCUCGACCCAACUGAAAAUGCCUCCCAACAAGGAAACGCGUUCCUCUCAGGUGCCGCCUUCUUCUUCCGCGUCACUCCCUCCUCCUCGCCGAACCAAGGGUGGCUGAUCAAAUCCGACACCGAUCUCAACUCGGGGAAAUUUCGUCUUCUCGACCAUUUCUCGCGCAUCCCUUUGAAACACAGGUGCAAGAGCAUCAAUCUCUUGCGUUUCAAUGUCUCCGAGAUUCAAGAAGCCUACGUGGUUCACGACAGGCGCAUGGACGAACCAGAUCCCGGAUUCAAAAGAGUGGUUCUUGCCACCGUCCAAGGAGGAGAUCAUGCUUUGGGAGUCGGCUGGGACGGGAGGAUCAGGUUUUGGAGUGGUCGAAUCUGGACCAUACUCAAAGACCAGCUUGCUGAGUUCACCGACGUUGUAAUCCACGGAGGGCUAACUUACGCCUUGGCUUCGGAUGGGUCAGUUUGGUGGAUAAGCUCCUCUCUUUCCAUCUUCAAGUACGGACCACCAUUAGAUGAAAGCAUCACUGAGGGUGAUACCUUGGAUCCUAAUGUUUUUUAUGUUUGCGCUGUCGACGAUGAUGGGAACCAGAUAGGCGAAACAUCUCCCAAAACGAUCGGUUUCAAGGUUUACAAGAUGGAUGAGGAUAUGGGGAAAUGGGUUGAAGUUAAGUCAUUGGGAGACGACGCCUUUGUGAUGGCUACCGAUACUUGUUUCUCGGUUUCGGCCGGUGAGUUCCAUGGAUGUUUAAAAAAUGCAAUCUACUUCGCUGACAAGGAAUGUAAGAUCAGGGUGUUCAAGCUUGAAGAUGCUAGUAUCACAAGAGCCACCAGUACCGAGCAGAACUGUUUCAAAAUGUUUGCUCCAAGCUUUUUCUGA